GUCGUACCUUUUUUUUGAGUGUAGGAUCCCACAGACCCCGGAGACGGAAGAUACGAAAUAAGGAAGAAAAAAAUUAAUUGACCAGAUUGUAUUAAGGAGAGAAAUAUAAUUCUCUUGAUUCAGUUUCCUGAUUGAAAUACUGCAUAUUCUGAGGCCAACGCGAAAGCAAGGUGCUGGAAAAAGCAAUAUGUACCAGUAUACCCCACCUUCUACCCCUAUCUCCAAAAAGUUACCAAGCUCCCAGAGCCCUUCUAAACACUGCGCUGCUUCUGGGACAAGAUCUCCUACAGAUUCAGAGGAGUCAACUCCCCUGCCCUCCAUUACUGAGCGCCUAAAUUUCAUCUGCCCAUCCCAAGAACUACUGGAAUAUUACCGAAGAAAAAUACUUGAGUUUGAUGAACAAAAUGAAGAACUAUUGAGAAAACUGGAAAAAUAUACCCACAUGUACAAGGACCAGCACAAACUGGAGAUGGAAAUCCAGCAGAGGGAGGAAGAGAUUGCUGAGUUACAGAAAGUCUUGAGUGAUAUGCAGAUCUGUCUCUUCCAGGAGCGCGAGCAUGUGUUACGCCUGUACUCAGAAAAUGACCGGUUAAAAAUCAAGGAGCUAGAAGACAGAAAAAAAAUUCAACAUCUUUUGACCUUAGUGGGAACAGAUUCUAGAGAAGUAACUUAUUUUCACAAGGAGCCUCUACACAAAGUUACGAUUCCCCAACAGACUGCUCGUUUUAAGCAGCCAAAUGAACAUGAGUUCGCUUCCAAAGCAGGUACUAAAAGAACCAUAGGAAGAUCAAUAAAAGAGAUGCAAGAAAGUCCUGAGAAAUACCAAAGAGACAAUCAGAUACUCGUGCUGCAGGUAGAAGCACUGCAAGCUCAGCUUGAGGAGCAGACCAAGCUUGCCAGAAACCAGGUCGAAGGGCUUAUAGAAGACCAACGCAUCCAUAUGGAAGAAGCACGGGUUCAGCAUGAGAGAAACCAGGAGAGGAUCAAAGUGCUGACAAACAAUCUUCAACGAACCCAGGAGUUUCUCUAUGAGAGCACCAAGGACUUCCUGCAUCUCAAAUUUGAAAAUCAAGACAAAGAGAAGGAAUGGGUGACUGAAAAGGACCAUUUACUUUGGAAAUUGAGCCAAUACGAAAAGCAGCAGCAGCAAGCACUGCAGCAUGAUGAGGAACAUUGUGAGCAACGGAUAGUCAGCAGUCUCCUGCCAGCUGUACAAGAGCUUCAACAGGAGCAAGAUCAACAUAUUCAGUCCCUCAAAGAGAAGUUGCUUCAAGAACAAAAGUUGUCUUCCAUGUACCAAGAGCAAUGUGUUGCUCUGGAGGAGGAGCUGGCCCGAAUUCGAGAAGAAGAUGCCAUGAGGCGAAAGAUCUUCAAGGACCGUUCUAACAAGAUGGGGAAGCGUUUACAAGAGAUGGUGCAUCGGUAUGACACCCUGCAGAACCGUCGUCGGCUAGAAGUGGAAGGUUUUCAGAGAGACAUCAAGACCCUGCGUGAGAAAUUGAGAGAAGUUGAGCAAAUGCUUUAUAAGGCAUCACUCAGUAUUCGACCAGACCAAGAUCUUGCCAUUCUUAAUGAGGUUCGUAAGAGCAACAAACGGACUGUUAAGAUCCAAGGAGAACUGAAGAACCUCAAGGCCAAAUUAUAUAGUUUAGAGAAUGAACUUAGGGUAUGUUAACAUCUGUUCAUAGAUAGGGGCUUGAGGCUGGUAAAGGACUGUGUCUUAAAAUCUGAGAACAAGGUUAUCAGCUACCUAAGAAAGGGUUUUGGACUGCAGGUCUUGGAACACAAUAUAUCGAGGCACAAAAGACCUGGGGCUCCGGCUGAAAAUAUCGU